AACAUCAGCAUGUCCGUGGAGGGCGACUACACCUACCUGCGCAUCAACUUCUUCUGCCCGGGCAGCGCCCUGGGCCGCAACGAGGGCAACAUCUUCCCCAACCCCGAGGCCACCUUCGUCAAGGAGAUCACCUACCGCGCGUCCAACCUGAAGCCGCCGGGCGAGUCGACGGUGCCGGCGUCGAACCUGCAGAACGCCUUCCGCAUCAUCAAGGAGGUGCAGAAGCGCUACAAGACGCGCGAGGCCGAGGAGAAGGAGAAGGAGGUGAGGUCACGCGGGGGUCACGGGGCGGUCACUCAGUGGUCAGGGGUCAGUCGGCGAGUGGACGUUGAGCGGGCGUUGAUUGGUCAAUGA